AUGACAAGAAGAUAUUGGAACAUAAAUUUGGAAGAGAUGAUGGAGGCAGGAGUUCAUUUUGGUCAUGGUACUAGGAAAUGGAAUCCUAAAAUGGCGCCUUAUAUCUCUGCAAAGCAUAAGGGUAUUCAUAUUACAAAUCUUACUAGAACUGCUCGUUUUUUAUCAGAAGCUUGUGAUUUAGUUUUUGACGCAGCAAGUAGGGGAAAACAAUUCUUAAUUGUUGGUACCAAAAAUAAAGCAGUUGAUUCAGUAGAGUGGGCUGCAAUAAGGGCCCGGUGUCAUUAUGUUAAUAAAAAAUGGCUUGGCG